AUGGAGCUGCAGAAGCGGGUUAGGAUCUACGAAUUGGGUUCUCUGCCGCCGUUUCUGUUGGUGUUCGCCGGGGUGAUUGUGCCAGUGAACCACCGGUGGAAUCAGCACGGCCUGGGAGGGGACAAUUUCAGGGGAUGGUGGAGGAGCAUCUGCGAGAGCAGUUCGGCGUCGGCGGAUGAUUCGAGUGUGGGGAGCUCGGAGGUGACUGCGGAUGCGGAGAAGUUGCGACGGCGGAGGAGGAAGGUAGUGGUGGCGAGGGCUCGAUCUCUGUUUAUUUUUCAGGGGGUUGUGUCUCGGUUUUGGGUUUGGGUCAAUUAA